AUGGCUAAAAAAGCCACUUCAACAAAUCUAUCUUCAUCGGAAUUUAAUGAUGAAACGUCUUCAGAAGAUCAACUAAGAAAAUCAACCAAAAGAAGAAGUAAAAAAGGUUCUAUUAAAAGUUAUGUUAGUGAUGUAUUAACUAAACAUGACAGUGAUGAAGGAAGAGCAACAGAUUUAGCACAAACUCGUAUUAAAAUUGAUACAUCAUCGAAUAAUUUUCGAAAUUAUGAAAAUGCUUCAGCUUUUCGACAAUAUGGAUCCAAUGCUGAAGGUACAAGUAGAACGAAUGCUCAUCGGCAAGGACAAUCUUCGAGUAGUGAUGAUGAAUUGAAACAAGACACGUCGACGGCACACUCAGGUGGUGAUGGAGAUGAUUCAAUAGCAGAAUUAAAUUUAGAUCCAAAUCCAAUAUUUGAAGAACGUGAAAGUGCUGAACAAGUAUAUAAACAAAAAGUUUAUUUACGACAAUUACAACCACCAACACCUCAACCACUUGAAAUUCAAGUACAAGAAGUUUUAAUAAAACCACAAAUACAAAAAUUACCUAUUCAUGUUCAUGUUGGUCAUCAAGAACCUCGAACACCAUCACCAAUUGUUAUUAAAAGUGCACCACCUCCAGCUCCACCAGAAGAUUCAGGUCAACCAAUAAUUUAUAAUAAAUAUCUUCCACCGCCAAAACAACCACCUCAACAAAUAAUUAUUCAUCGUCAUGCUGAUUUACCACCUAAACCACGUCCUAUUGUUGUUGAACAAUGGUUACCCUAUAAACCUGCACCAAAACGUAUUAUUAAACAUUCAUUACCCCGUGAAUUACUUCAAACACCACCUCCACCACAUAAUAUUAUUGUUGCAUAUUCUAAACCACGUGCACUUAUUGAAGUUGAACUUGUUCGUUUACCAGUUGUUCGAAUUGAUCCUCAAACAUAUCAACAGAUAAGUGCUGGUGGAGAAGAACAAAUAUUACAACAUCCAUCAUUUCAACAUGAAAGAAAUUAUCUUUCAGGGAAUAAUUCAUCAAAUCGAACAAAUAAUGAUUCAAAUCGAAUUAAUUGGCGUAUUUAG